AUGCCGGCCUGUCGGGAGGAGCUGGACGCCGUCCUGGUGCUGUUCUCCUUCACCGACCGCGCGUCCUUCGAGGAGCUGCCGGCGCAGCUGAGCCGCCUCUCGGGGCACGGGCUCGUCACCGUGGUCGUGGGCACCAAGCACCCCCAGACCUCUCACCCCUUGGCAUCUCAGCGGGCUGAGAACGGGCAACACUUCAUUGCACUGCUGGUGGUGCUGCUGGACUUUGCCAAGGCACACGGGGAGCUGGGCUGGCUCACCCAUCCCUACGGAAAAGGGUGGGACCAGCUGCAGAACGUCCUCAACGACUCCCUGAUCUACAUCUACUCCGUGUGCAACGUCCUGGAGGGGGAGCAGGAGAACUGGCUCCGCACCAACUGGAUCUACCGGGGGGUGGCCGAGCGCAUCUUCAUCGAGCUCCAGUUCACCGUCCGCGACUGCAACAGCUUCCCCACGGCCGGGGGCGGCUCCUGCAAGGAGACCUUCAACCUCUACUACGCCGAGUCCGACGUGGAUUACGGCACCAACUUCCAGAAGAGGCAGUUCCGGAAGAUCGACACCAUCGCUCCGGACGAGAUCACCGUCCAGGAGGAUUUCGCCGCCCGCAACGUCAAACUCAACGUGGAGGUUCGCUCGGUGGGGCCGCUGCGGAGGAAGGGCUUCUACCUGGCCUUCCAGGACCUGGGCGCCUGCGUGGCCCUGCUCUCCGUCAGGGUCUACUACAAGCGCUACAAGCCCUUCAUGAUCAUCACGGAGUACAUGGAGAACGGGGCACUGGAUAAAUUCCUGCGGGAGAAAGAGGGGGACUUCGGCGUCAUCCAGCUGGUGGGGAUGUUGCGGGGCAUCGCCGCCGGCAUGAAGUACUUGGCCAACAUGAAUUACGUCCAUCGGGAUCUGGCCGCCAGGAACAUCCUAGUGAACAGCAACCUGGUGUGCAAGGUGUCCGAUUUUGGGCUCUCCAGGGUGUUGGAAGAUGACCCUGAAGCCACCUACACCACCAGUGGUGGGAAGAUCCCGAUCCGUUGGACGGCACCCGAAGCCAUCUCCUACCGCAAGUUCACCUCGGCCAGCGACGUCUGGAGCUUCGGCAUCGUCAUGUGGGAGGUGAUGUCCUACGGCGAGAGGCCCUACUGGGAGCUCUCCAACCACGAGGUGAUGAAGGCCAUCAACGAGGGUUUCCGGCUCCCGGCGCCCCUGGACUGUCCCUCGGCCAUCUACCAGCUGAUGAUGCAGUGCUGGCAGCAGGAGCGCGCCCGGCGCCCCAAAUUCGCCGACGUCGUCAGCAUCCUGGACAAGCUCAUCCGCGCCCCCGAGUCCCUCAAGGCACUGGCGGAUUUCGACCCCCGGGUGUCCAUCCGCCUGCCCAGCACCAGCGGCUCCGAGGGUGUCCCGUUCCGCUCUGUCCCGGAGUGGUUGGAGUCCAUCCGGAUGCCGCAGUACACAGAGACCUUCAUGGCCUCGGGCUACAGCACCAUCGAGAAGGUCCUGCAGAUGACCAGCGAGGAUAUCAAGCGGAUCGGGGUGCGGCUGCCGGGCCACCAGAAGCGGAUCACCUACAGCCUGCUGGGAAUGCAGGAGCAGGCGGGGGCCGGGGGGGCCCCGGGCUGA